CAGUAUCAUUAUCCAAACACGCCGUCUUCUUCGCCGAUCCCGCGCCUAUUCGAAGACGCCACGAACUUCACUCAGAAAUUCAAACUCUGUCCAUCUCUCUCUCUCUCUCCAAGUUGAUCCUGAAUGUCUAAUCCUAUCAUCAUCUCAGAUGAAGAAGACCAGCAUACACCUCUCCCAUCCCGUUCCAAGAAACCUAAGACCCAUGCGGACCUUGUUCCUACAAUUUUGAUCUCGGAUGGUGACCCGACCCCUCAGAAACUGCUGGGCGCCGUUUCUACUCCUUCUUUCGUCCCUGAUACUCCAAUGUCCGAUAAUGUCUCCGUCUGCAAAUCAUCUUUUGAUCCCGAAACGAGGGUUUCAAAUCCCGAACACGAUGACAAGUUAUCUGGAAAACGUGUGAUAUCUUUGGAGUCUGAUGACGAAUCUGAAAAUGGAGCUGGAACAGGAAACUCGAAGAAGAAUGGAGCUGUAUUUACUGGAUUUUCAUCAGCUUCUACACUGAUUGCACCCACUUCUUCUGUAGGGACUACGAAUCUAAUGACAGAGACUAGUUCUAAUAAACCAACCUAUUGGACAGAUGAUUUUGAUCAGGUAGCUGAUGAACAAGAGACUGAUAUGUUUAGCAUUCAAGAGAUGACUAAUAUACCAAAACAGGGAAUCAGAACUAAAGUUAAAAAUAGUACUGGUCAAGUAAUGGGAAAGAAGAAAAUGACAAAGGAGGAGAGAAUUCAUGCAAUAGAAGAAAAAAAGCGGCAGAAGGAAGCAGAGAAAAUGCAAAAAGCAGCUUUGAAGGCAGAGGCUGCAGAGCGUAAAAAAAUAGAGAAAGAGAAGCAAAAAUGGGAGAAGGGAAAGUCUGCACUAAAAUCUAUAGUAGCUGAAAUAGAUACCAAAGUAGUUGAACUUGGGUCAAUUGGAGGACAUCUGCUUUCAAGGUUAUCCGAGAAGGGCCUUACAUUUCGUAUAACAUCAAAUCCAAUUCAAGGAUCAAUUAUCUGGACCAUGACAGUUCCAGAACAUAUUUCACAGCUGUUUCCGCAAGGGAUAAGGAUUCCAUAUAUACUACUUAUAUACGAGGCUGAUGAAUUUUGCAAUCUUGUUAGAAAUGAGAUAUUUCUGGAUAAUAUUUCAAGAGUUCAAAGUCAAUAUCCAUCUUAUACAAUUUGCUACCUCACAAAUAGGCUAAUGGCAUACAUCCACAAAAGAGAAAAAGAGCAAUAUAAGAUGCCAGGAAGUAGUAAUCACUGGAAACGACCACCAAUUGAGGAGGUGUUUGCAAAAUUAACCACACAUUACGUUAGCGUGCAUUCCAGGCUAUGUGCAGAUGAAGCUGAAGUGGCUGAACAUGUUGUUGGUUUGACAUGCAGCCUGGCAUCCUGUCAGUUUAGAAAGAAGUUAACUCGACUGUCUGUAAGUGCGAAUGGGGCUAUUAUUCCCAACGAUACAGUUGACAGGGACUUGAUAAAAAAGAGCUCAUGGUUGAAAGCCUUGGUAGCUAUCCCGAAGGUACAACCACGGAUGGCUCUUGCCAUAUCAAAGAAAUACCCUACCAUGAAAUCUCUUUUGAGUGUUUACAUGGACCCCAACAGAUCAGUACACGAGAAGGAAUUUCUGCUGAAGGACUUGACAACAGAAGGGUUAGUAGGUGGUGAUAGAAGAUUAGGUGAAAUUUGUUCCAAGAGAGUGUACAGAAUACUUGUGGCUCAAAAUGGAAACAUCAAAACUGAUGAUGUAGAAUUUGGUGCCGAUUUCUUUAAGACAUGAGUGAAUAUGACUUGGAGCAAAACCAUCUCAUAGUGUAUCAAGUUUUCUGUAAUAUGCUUCCUUUAGGAAAUCUGAUCUGGGGGAGGAUAGCAUUCUUUGCAGUCACUAUUUUUCCUCUUGUAAUUGUAAUAUAUCUUUAACUUCUUGUAACUGAUGAAUUGAAAAAUUCUAUAAAUAUAGAAUUUUAUCAAAUCAUCUUUAAGUUGCUAAAAAGCUACAUUUAAUUUAUUUGCAAAAUGAAUAAUGCAUUGUUUUA